ACAUUUUUGGAACACUCUGUAUAUAUAAGCAGCCGAAAAGUUUGUGACGCAGAACAAGAACCAGCGGUAAUUGAAUAUCUUCAGUAAGAUGAAAACAUGUCUCGUCCUUAUGAAACAUCUUCGGAGUAUGGGAAUCAACGACGAAACAAACAUGGGGAUAAAGCUGAGAGUUCUCAAUCCGGAAGCUCACGCUUUGACCAUGAAGUUCUUGCAAGAGGUGGAGGACAAGUACGACCACCAUGGUUAAAAGGCAAAGAUAUAGGUCACUAUUACAGAGACAGAGGAAAUGUAGAACGAUCACAGAGACAAAUUUCAGGGAAUAAAGCUGAAAACUCUCAAUCUGGAAGUUCAGAAUAUGAGGGUCAUGCAAGAGGUGAAAGACCAGGAAGACCACCAUGGUUAAAGGGGAAAGAAAUAGGUCUCUAUUACAGAGACAGGGCAUUGCACAAACAAAGACAAACGUCAGUCAUUAGAUUACCAAGAAAUAUUCAACAUAACAUUGAAAGAGUAUUGGAUAACUCAAAGGGAUUUUAUGAUAAAUUAUACAAAAAUGUGGCACACACAGACAAUUCAGAUAGUAUAUUAGAGAAAAGAUAUAGCCACAUAUAUGAUUCACAGUUCAAAAGAAAGUUUUUAAAUAUUGUAUGUGGUAACAUACAAGAAAACAUUGAAAAAGCUGUGCUUGGGAAAACAGGAUUAGAACGGAAUAGUUGUUUAGAUGAAGAGUUACUACAGGAAUAUGAAAGGAAAUCAUUGUCAGCAGAAUAUGCGAAUAUGUUAAAUUUUCGAUUAAAAUUGCCUGCAUAUCAGAAAAGAUUAGAAGUUUUGGAGUUAAUAAGAAAUAAUCAAGUUGUUGUAAUAAGUGGUGAGACUGGUUGUGGGAAAACAACGCAAGUUGUUCAGCUUAUAUUGGAUGAUCAAAUAUUGCAACGCAAUGGUAGUAUUACUAGAAUUAUGUGUACUCAACCUAGAAGGAUAUCUGCAAUAUCUGUUGCUGAAAGAGUUGCUGCUGAGAGAGCAGAGAAACUUGGAGUAUCUGUCGGUUUUCAAAUUAGACUUGAACGAAUAAUGCCUAGAGAGAGGGGAAGCAUAACAUUUUGUACUAAUGGAAUGUUAUUGAAAUACAUGGAACGUGAUCCUGCCCUAAAUAAUAUCUCUCAUGUUAUUUUAGAUGAGAUUCACGAACGUACAACAGAAAGCGAUUUUACUAUUGCUUUAUUGAAACUAAUUAUUACGAAAAGACCAGACUUGAAAGUCCUUCUCAUGAGUGCCACACUUAAUCCUGAAAGUUUUUCAAAAUAUUAUAAUGAUUGUCCAAUGAUUCAUAUCCCAGGUUUCACUUAUCCGGUAAUAGAACUUUAUUUAGAAGAUGUGUUAGAAAUUACCCGAUUUAGAUUUAAUAACUAUAUAGAAAAGAGUAAGGAAGCUAGGACAAAGGCAGAUGAUGUUUCGAGUUUGUAUAUUCAAAAUGCUGUAGCCUAUGAAAAGUAUCCAGAAUAUGUGACUGAACAACUUAAGAAUGCCAAUAGCGAGAAGUUGUCUCUUGAACUCAUAGAAAAGUUAAUCAAGUACAUUUGUAAUACAAAACCGCCAGGAGCUAUUUUAGUUUUUCUACCUGGUAUAAAAGACAUUACGUACCUUCAUAAAUUGUUGACUGGAGUAGAAUAUCCACGAAAUGAAUAUGUCAUAUAUCCGCUGCACUCACGCAUGCCCACAGUGGAACAAAAGAAUAUAUUUAAAGAACCACCUGAAGGUGUACGGAAAAUAAUAAUUGCGACAAAUAUUGCCGAAGCAUCCAUAACCAUCGAAGACGUAGUCUACGUGAUUGACAGUGGCAAGAUGAAGACCUUAAAGUUUGAUUUGAGUGAAAACGUCGAAACUUUGAAACCUGAAUGGGUAUCGUUAGCUAACUCCAAACAAAGAAGGGGUAGGGCGGGCAGAGUAAAGUCUGGCAUUUGCUAUCACCUUUACACAAGAGCUAGAGAAAGGACAUUCGAACAAUUUCCAUUACCAGAAAUGCUUACAACGCGUUUAGAGACGAUAAUUUUGCAAAUAAAAACGCUACAAUUAGGGAAAGCUAGUUCUUUCCUAAGUAGUGUCAUGGAUCCUCCUCAUCCAAAAGCUAUAGACUUAUCUUUAAAAUUACUUACAACACUAAAUGCAUUGGAUUGUGAAGAAAACUUGACCCCAUUAGGAUAUCACUUGGCACAAUUGCCUGUUGAUCCACGAACAGGAAAGAUGAUUAUAUGGGCAGCGUUAUUUUCCUGCGUGGAACCAGUAUUCGCGAUUGCUGCAAGUCUGUCAUUUAAGAAUGCAUUCUACUGUCCUUUGGAAAAAGAGGAUGAAGCAAACCGAAAGAAAUUUGAACUCGGUAUGAAUCAAUACAGCGAUCACAUUGCACUUGCCGAGGCUUUAAGAAGGUUUGAGUAUUUCUAUAGAAAAAGAAAUGCUAGUAAUUUCUGCAAGGAGUAUUUUCUUUCGUUCAACACUUUGAAGCUCCUUUCUGAAAUGAAAACUCAGUUCACGCAAUACUUAUAUGAAAUGAAGUUUUUGGAAACUGAUAACCCAAGGGAUAAGAAUGCUAACAGGAAUUCUGAUAAUAUUCAGUUGGUGAAAGCGAUAGUUUGUGCUGGAUUGUAUCCGAAUGUUGCCACAGUAAGGCUAGCAAUGAAGCAUGGAGUAAUCCUCUAUACUUCUGAGGAUAAUAGAGUUGACAUACAUCCAUCAAGCAUAAAUCAUAAAAUUUAUCAUUGUCCUGGCCGCUAUAUUACAUAUUUUACAAAACAACGAUCUUCGUCAACAUACUUGCUCGAUACCACAUUUGUAACCGUUCCAAUUUUAUUAUUUGCUGCUGGGAACCAGCAAAUAACGAAAGGAAACAAGCUUCAUUAUAUCAAUUUGACGAGUACUGAAAAGAUUGCAUGCAGUCUGCAUACUGCGCGACUUAUACAGAGCCUUCAAAAUGAAUUUAAUAACCUACUAGAGUAUAAAGUAACGCACCCGGGAACAGUAGCAUGGAAUGGCUACGAAGGUGAACUUUUAAACGCGAUUAUAGAUUUAGCUUGCCAGGAAGACGUGAAAAACAGCGAAAAAUAUAUAAUUUCUAACAAAGUUCUAAACCUCUUGCAACUACUGUAAUAGAGUGUAUUUAAGAAUUGUAUUUAAUCAAUAGAAUCCUUGGACUGAUCUCGUCUACAUAAUUAAGUUAACUUAAACCUAAUUUUAGUAACAUUAUAAAAGCGAUUCCAUAUUCGAAUACGUUAUAUGACAUUUUCCUUGAAAGAAAAUAUGACGAAUAUUUAUAGAACAUUACUCACUUUAUGACAUAAGUCACCGAUGGGACAUCGCUUUGCCAUAUUAAAUAUCAAGCUUAUUAUAUGUGUAUUAUAUACAAAUAUAUAUAUUAAAUGUCAUGUAAAUUGUAGACUUAUCAAAGGUCAAUGACCGCAAGAGAAACUCAGUAAUCGAUACCUCAGGCAGCUUAUAUUAAAUCUUGUUUGUUCGUAA